CACUGUCUGGAGUUCUGCUUCAUACAUUUUCCUAUAUAAAUUGUAAUUAUACAGGUGUUACAUACUGCAGAAAAUAGUCUUUGUAUUAUCCAAUGAAAGGAAUUGUAAGCUUGCCGUGGUUGGCAAUAUCGAACAACUGUGAAUGUGGAUGCAAAUUUAACCCUGUGAGUGUAAAUAAAUAACAGAAAACAUCACAGACAGAUUUGAUAUGAAGCAAACAGAACAGACCUCGUUUGAUCACUUUAGCUUACAGAGAAGGACAACAAGCUGAAACAAGCUUGUUGACAUCAGGAGCUUAAUAAUCUAUGACCGGUAAUGUUUUUUACUGCACAGAGUUGGUGUAUGUGUAACUUUCAACCCACUUAGUCUCCACAGACACCGAGUACUGGUUCAAAUUAGCUGUAAGGACAUUACAUUGAAUUGCUACUUUAUAGUGAUGGUUAAAAAAAAAAAAAAGUGCACCACCUUCAAUUUUAAGGUUUUAUGUAUCGGCACAUAAAAUUAAAAAUAAUCACAAUGUAAUUGUUUAAAUACAACUGCAGAUGACUUAUAAAACAUGACUUUUUACACCAUCUAAUUUUAAUUUGGCAAAAAUGAAGCAAGAGGUGCACACACUUAAUAAAUAAUAAUAUGUAAUAUGUCAUGUUCAGGUUGUAUUAAUCUUGUUUCAAGACCUGGUUAAGGACAGGAUUUUGUUAAGUUCUGAUAAACCUUAGAAAUGGAAGAAAGAAUACUUACUUUUUACCUUGACUGUUUAUUUUUAUAAGUUUAGUCAACUCUUCAAAUUCUCCAAAGGCCUGCAUAUUUUCUAAACAAGCAGAUGUUCCCUGAGAGAUCAAGUUUCUUAUUCACCAGACCUUGAUUCAAACUCAGACUUUUUAGAUCCUCCCAACAAGCUGUGUAUCUCACAGAAGCUCUGUUUAUUUUUUUAAAUUAAAUUCUAUGUGCUAACUUUCAAAGAAUGCAUUUUGUGGGGAAAAACAUUGUUUCAUGUUUUGGAAAUUGAUGGAUGUUUCAUAUGGAAAGUCCUCUCUACACGUCUCUGUGAAUCUCUGACUUCCUUAGCAUUCGAUUUCCCUCUCAGACAUCUUGAGCUCUGCCAGCAACAGCUGCUCAUUAAAGCUCCACUCCUUGGGCCCUGACCAAUUUACUUUCUUUAAACAUAAACAUUCAUUCAUGACAAUUAUUAGGCUUGCUCUUAUUAUGCUGUAUAUCACACCUGAUCUGUUUUAGGUAACAAUAUUAUUAGGAAUGUGUAUGUAAUGAGACUUCAACCAUUAAACAAAAUGUAGAGGCUUAGCUUCAGUAUUUAGCUUGAAAAUGAAUCGGGGUUGUGUCCCAGCCAUCUGUGAAACAUGUCGUUAGAAAGCUUUCCAUCUGUCUGCUGGAUGUUUUAGCUUUUGGCAUCAAUAUUGAUUAGAAUCAAGUUAGAUGUCAACAAAAAACCAUACUUUUAAUUCACUCAUCAUACAAGUACUCAACUUUUCACAUGCUCCUGUGAUAUAUUGUCACCGUAAUUUGGCCUUUAAACAAUCAGUGUUUGAUUGUGUUUUGCAGAAUUAACGUAUAUUGAAAAGACAUGUUAGACUCCCUUGUUACUCUUAGACUGGGUAAGUUCCAAAGUCAUAUUACUAAUGUCUAACUCUGUUUUGUUGACCGUAUGAUAUAAUCCAAUGAAAUAAAAGAGCUCAAAGAGAAAUCAUGGCAUAACAGCAGAUAUAAAUAUUAACUUUAUGAUAAUUAAAAGGAAGUAGCAAUCAUACAUAUCAGAUUCUCACGCAGCCUGAGCAGUUAGAACAUUGUCCACUGUCCUUGGUGCUGAAACGAGAAUGUUGUCUUUCCAAAAGAGGGCGCUGUACAUGUGUAGCAGUUAAAACAAGCUUUUGUCUUGCGUAAAAACCACAGCCCUCUAUCAGAUAUCAGUUGUACUUUUACCCCAGUCAGAGUGUAUCGUUAAAUCUCUCCGCUGCUCUCCAGGAUCCAUCCUAAUUGGAUGCCUCAGUUUUGGCAAGAGGUCCAGAUUAAACGAGUUCGUGCGGAGGAAGCCAUUAAGUGGUCACAGCUCAAGUAUAUCCUGAAGGGGAAGUGGCAGACACACUUAAACGAGUUCUAAUAGGUCCAAGAUGGGAGCAUCUUCAAGAAGGUUUUAGGAAUUAAAAGUUUGAGUGAUAUAUAUAUGUAGUCAUUUUUUAGUCGCAGAUAUUUAUCUCUUUGUAUUUUUUCGACUGCAAUGACAUUCGGACAAGCUUUCUACGUCCUCGACGCUCAAAAUUUGCUCGGAGCAAAGCUGUUUGCGAUUGUGAGACGAGGAGAUGACGUCGGACAAAAGGCCGUGAAGUGUGGCUUCGCAGUCAAGUGACUAUCAAUCACUUGAGUUUGGAAGUGCAGGAGCCGCUGGAAGCUUGAAACUCCCCCACAAGAUAUUGAUUAUUUGGUGCGUAAACACCACAUUCAAAUUCAUGUCAGGCUUUUCAGCUUCUUUAAAAAGUGACCGAUGUCCAUCCAUCCUCCUUAUGGCGUAAAGGAAUCUCUUCCGCCCUCCCACCACUCACAUCAGCCAUUACACUGUGACGCGUUUCAAUACAAGGUGCUCAUUAAGAGGGACGUUUGGUUUCUCUGACGCAGGUUUCAGUUCUCUAACGGCACCUGCCCCCUUUUAUAAGCCUCAGUAAGUCACCCGGGAGACCUCCACCAACAGUUCAAUUUGACUGUUCCUCACUGUGCGGCGGAAGGUCGAGGGUCUUCAGAAAAAGCCUGUUAUGCGCUCCGUUACCCUUAAGUGCCCCAGCACAUGACUCUAAAAAUACUUCAGGUCUUGAUGCCUUCCCGUUCCUAGCGGAAGACCGCUGCGACGAUGACCAUCCAUGUAGAGGGGCUUGUGGCUAUCGCGGUCUUCUAUCUGCUGAUCCUGUUCGUCGGCAUCUGGGCGGCAUGGAAGAACAAGCACUCCGGAGAGGCGGAGGGCACCGACCGCAGCGAAACCAUCAUGGUCGGAGGGAGAGAUAUUGGAUUAUUUGUGGGUGGAUUCACCAUGACAGCGACCUGGGUUGGAGGAGGGUACAUCAAUGGCACUGCUGAGUAUGUGUAUCUUCCAGAUUAUGGCUUGGCUUGGGCUCAAGCCCCAUUUGGAUACGCACUCAGUCUAGUUCUGGGUGGUCUCUUUUUUGCUAAGCCCAUGCGCUCACGGGGUUACGUCACUAUGUUGGACCCGUUCCAGCAGCUGUACGGGAAACGAAUGGGAGGCCUUCUCUUCAUACCUGCUCUCAUGGGCGAGAUUUUCUGGUCUGCCGCCAUCUUAUCAGCCCUCGGUGCCACUCUGAGUGUCAUCGUGGACAUCAACAUUAAGAUGUCCGUGGUCAUCUCUGCGCUUAUUGCAAUCUUUUACACCCUGGUUGGAGGACUUUACUCUGUGGCCUACACAGAUGUUGUGCAGCUGUUUUGUAUCUUUGUCGGCCUGUGGAUCAGUGUCCCUUUUGCUUUGAUGAACCCUGCGGUGUCAGACAUCACUGUUACUGCUGUGAAGCGCUUGUACCAGUCACCCUGGAUAGGCAGCGUUCAGAAGGGGGACACUUGGGUCUGGAUCGACAACUUCUGCCUUCUGAUGUUAGGAGGAAUACCCUGGCAAGUGUAUUUCCAGAGAGUCCUGUCAGCCUCUUCGGCUACGUACGCCCAGGUCCUUUCCUUUCUGGCUGCUUUCGGGUGCCUCGUCAUGGCUGUGCCCUCCGUUCUCAUCGGGGCCAUCGGGGCCUCCACAGACUGGAACCAGACAUCCUACGGUGCCAUUCCCCCUUAAAACAAAACUGAAGCAGACAUGAUAUUACCCAUUGUCCUCCAACACCUUUGCCCUCCAUUCGUCUCCUUUUUUGGCUUGGGAGCAGUUUCUGCAGCCGUCAUGUCAUCUGCAGACUCCUCCAUCCUUUCAGCAAGCUCCAUGUUUGCAAGGAACAUCUACCAGCUUGCCUUCAGACAGUCAGCAUCUGACCGUGAAAUUGUGUGGGUGAUGCGUAUCACUAUCUUUGUAUUCGGCGGUCUUGCCACCUUGAUGGCUCUGGUAACCGGCACAGUUUACGGCCUCUGGUACCUGAGCUCAGAUCUGGUUUACGUCAUCAUCUUCCCCCAGCUGCUCAGCGUGCUCUUUGUCAAAGGAACCAACACUUACGGCUCAGUAGCCGCAUAUCUGUUCGGUAUGGUGCUGCGUAUAGGCGGAGGUGAGCCCUACCUGCAGCUCCCUCCCUUCAUUUAUUACCCCGGCUGGAUGACUGAGCAGCGGAAGCACCAUAUAACCGGAGAACUGGAAGAAAUCGUGGUCCAAAAGUUCCCCUUCAAGACCGUAUCGAUGCUGGCUUCCUUUCUGGGUAACGUUGUCUUCUCAUACCUGGCAAAGUACCUGUUUGAGAGUGGCAAGAUUUCACACAAAUACGACUUUCUUGAUGCCGUGGUGUCCAAGCACAGCGGAGAGAUCAUGGAUAAAACUACGCUUGUGACUCGCGGCAACGCCAUCGGGCUGUCGGAGAUGGCACCCAUGAAACCGCGGCUGAGCGUGACCUUGGCGGCUGCCUUUACACGCCGUGAUACGUUGCCAACAGAAACAGUAGAGGAGGAGGAGGAGGAGUCCAGCCCUGACUCCUCCCACCACGAGGAAGAAUGACGCAAUUAAAUUAAGAAAAUUAAAUAAACAAAGAGUGAGCAAUUGACUGAACUGACAGAGAAUCAAAAGACAGCAAGGAAACAGCCUCCUACAGGACUACAAAGUACACCACCCCGCCUGAUUGGAUAACAGCUACGUGCCAGGAUAUAUAGUGUAGCAGCUUGCUGAUUGUCCAGACAUGAAGCGGUCUUUCUGUGAAGUAAAGCAAACACGCAUACAUACAUACAUACACUCAGAGUAUUUAUCAAUAGCUGUUUCUACUAUAUAUUCAUUCUUUUUUUUUUAACUGGUUUGGAGACUUUUUAAUUGAUUAUGAAUUUUCCAUCUAUAAUGAGAAAGGUGCUCACGAGUUAGGCUGAAAGAUGCUGCUGUUCACACAGAGCAAAAGAGGGUGAAAUAUUCAGAAGUACAACACAGACUGACAGCACAACCAUUGUUUAGACUCGAUGUACAAAUCAGAUGAAAGCAAUAACACACACACACACACACCUUAACAGCUGUACAGAAAUGAUUACAGAGCUCCGCCUGCAAGAGUGUAACUGAAACAGAUCAGCAAAAGGAGAUGAUGGAUAUGAUUUUCUCUUUUAUUAAACUGGGUUUUCAUGUAUAAAUUAGUUCUCACACAAUUCCACAUAAAGACAGACAGUAAGUCACGUCUCUCAUGUUCGUUAUAGAUUAAUGAACCUAUAUUCAUAAUUACUGUGAAUCAAGAAAGGCACGAAUCAUGUGCCACGCCGUGUAGAAAAUAUACAAGCAUUAGUGAUGGUAGCCGACUUGAAGCAUUAGCUAAUAUUCUCUUUAAUGUCAGGUGUAGACACUGUUUUAAAGUAUGUAAACUAGUGUUUAAAAUGAUCUUGUAAUCAGCUGCCUUAAUGAAGCUCGGUAAAACAGAUGCUCUCGUUUCCAAAACUCUGAUGCCGGUCAGACUGCAGUGAACUAAGACUUGAAUAUGAAUGUAACCUCUACCAAAAAAGAAAAAAACAGAAAAAAAAUCAGAUUAUAUCCGAUAGUGUACUUCUAGCUUUUGUUUAUGAUUUGCAAAGUGUUGCAGAACAAUGUGGCGGCAGGUUCAGACGUACUGAUCUGUUGUUUGUUUGUUGUCAGCAGCAGUGUACAGAUUAUUUUCUCUGUGAUGUGUAUCUUUAUGUACAUACAAGAGUGGAGAAAAAAUCAAGGAUGACAAAUAAUGCUGGUUAAAAUUAUUCAUAUAAGAUAGGAAGGAUGUUUAUUUAUUUUUGAUGUCAUAAAAAAUUGAAACAAUAAAAAAAGCAAAUUAUAAAAAUAAUUUUUGUAAGAAGAGAAAAUUGUCACUUCACUUCAUUCUUGUCUGUUUUUUAAUGAUCUUUAAUACUGAAAAUUUGAAGUUGUCAUAUUUCCAUCAAGCACGUCCAUUUCUAUAUUUCUUUAUAUAUUUAUUUUAGCUGCUUUCUCUGUUUUAUUCAGUUAUGAACGAAACGCACAGAGAACCGUGAGCUUUCAGGGAUGAGGUCUUGUUGUGGGGGUUUUAUGGUAGUGGUUUCCGACCUUAAUGGCAUGUGAUUGCUGUGACUCAUUGCAGGGGUUCAACCAAAAGGGUUAUUCUUCACUCUCACUGAAAUAAAAAAAAAUAACCUAUAAUUUACAAAAUGAAGGAACAAAGACUAGAAAAAGCCUCAGAUAUCUAUUUCUUCUGUUAUUUUAGAAUAUUACAGCUAAUUUUAAUCAUUUCCUUAUAUUCUGGCGGGAUGUCGAGCUAACUACUUGCGACCUCCUGCUGUCAGUUAUUUUGAUAUGUAGGCUUUCUUUCAUGCAGGGACAGACUGAACAUGAAUUUGCUUCUCCGGGCUUGUUCUUGUUUGUUAGGCCCUUCAGCUAGCUGGAUGGCAGACUGAGGAAAAAGAAAACGUCCAAAAACGUGACUGAAAUUACAAUCGCUUGGCUUGCAUCUUUGUUCCCCUCAUUGUCCACAGUGAAAGAUGGCAUCUUAAAAUAGCUCUCCUCUCUGGUUAUUUACAUUACUUUAAGUGCUGGACUCUCUCAUCUGGACUCAGGGAGGAGCCACCCGAGGGUGGGCAGACUUGCUCGUGAUCAGGCGGGGCAGAUAAGACUUGGGUGGUGUACCUUAAUGGUGUCCGAUGCCAUAAAAUUCACCAGCCCCGGAAUUGCGCAGGAAUGACGCAGGUGCCCCACCCAUCCGCCGCACCGCCUCCCUACAUCACCAGUGUCCUUUCUUGAUGUCCUUGAGGACUUGGAGCAAUCCCAUAAAGAGAACAGAGGG